AGUCUCUGCGCUCUCUGCGAGGACACGAGGGGAGAAUUAGCGAGCUCGGCAGAAAUUUAUACACGGCGCCAUAUUACAUCAUUCCUGAAACGCGAGCGAUUAGGAGGCUACACACAGGCUACACGAACCGAUACGAUCGGACAGUUCGAGUGAGACGAGAGCGGCUUGACUCGUGGAAAUUAUUCGUUUUUAUGAAGAGAAGCGCCACCAGAGAUCUCAGAGAUGUCGAACAAGACGACACUUGACGAUGUCCGCAAGAUUUUGCUAGCGUGUUUGGUCUCCCGGAAAGGCGCGACAUCCUUGACCUGUCUCGACCGUGACUACUACGAACAGGAGCAACAACGUGUACCGUACCGCCGACUUGGGUAUUCCACCUUGGUGGACUUUCUCCGAAGUAUGCCGGAGCAUUUCGUCGUCGAGGAACAUAACGGCCAGAACUAUGUGCACGCGAUUGCGUCGGAGAAGAGUAAGCAUGUGAGCUCGUUGGUGGAGCGCCAGAUAAGCAAAAGAUUUCCUCGCACGCGUCAGUACGCGCUAGCGCCGUUCAAUCGUCGUGUCCAGUACAACAGGUCGCAGGAAGCUAAAAUCGCGCCUGACAAGUUACUUCGGCUCGUGCAACACAUUAGGAACAAUCCGAACGGUGUCAGCUUGCAGAGCGCUGUGGCCUUCGUGAAUGACGAUUCGUCAAUCAAUAUCUCUAGCCAGGAAUUACGGACACAGCUGCUGACGCAGAUGCACCAGUUGCUGUUGGAUGGAAAUAUGAUUUACCAUAAGUCGAAAGAUUUGUCCUACCAGCCUGUGAUACAAAACUCAUUAUAUGAUUUAGAAUCGCCUCCGACUAGACAAACUGAAUGCGCUGCUGGGGAGGAGUCCGAUUAUGUGCAGUAUUGUAAUGUUGACAAUGGCUUCGUGCCAGCCAAUUAUGCCAAUAGCUCUCAGAGACGUGCAGAAAAAACGAAAAAGCAGUUUAUGAAAUUUUCUCAAUAUGAUAACUGUGAAGACGUUGAUAUGUCUAACUACAUGAAGAGAAGCAGCGAGAGCAAUGACGACUUCACCGUGAAUAGCAAGAGCACCAUGGGAAUGAAGACUGACGAAUAUUGUGACUUAUCCACAUUGAUUAAUGACAAAACCAAAUCUCGAUUGGAAGAACUGAUGCAACGACAUCCGGAGGGCAUUUUGUGUGCCGACCUGCCCAAUGUAUUCUUCAAUAUGUACAAGAUGCGCCUGAAUUACACCGUGAUGGGCUUUGCCAGUGUACGCGAGUUCACGUCUUACCUGCCACAGAUUUUUUACAUGACGCAGAUCAAUAAGAAUGAUGACUUCAUGCUGUAUAGCGCGGACAAGAGACCAAUAGUUCCAAAAACGGACCCUAUUGACAUAAUGCCCAAUCGAUAUGACAAGCAAGCACAGUACAGUAAUAAUAACAAUGUCGACGAUGCACCGAUCCCGGCGGAAAUUUCGCCUACCAUUACUAAGAGCUUUGCACCCAACGAUGUAAUGAAUUAUGGCGAUAAGAUUGGGAAAAUACCGGUGACUGAAUUACAACAGAAGAGUUUCUUAGAAGUAUAUGUUGUAGAGGUGUUUCAUCCAAACUUUUUCUGGAUACACCUCCGCAGAAAUAGGACCGACUUUUAUGAAAUGAUGGACAAGCUAACCGAUUUCUAUGAGGAGAAGAAAAAUACAUACAUAAUUGCAAAAGUUGCCUUGAAAAAGGACAUGAAUUGCGCAUGCAUUUAUGUGAAUAGGUGGCACCGAGGAAUCAUUAAGAGUGUGAAGCCAGAUUUUAGAGUAACGGUAUUCUUUUAUGAUUACGGCACUUUGAAGACGUAUGCCGCCGAGGAUGUAUAUUAUUUGCAUAAAAGCUUUUCUAGUCUACCCGCUCAAGCAAUACCUUGUUGCUUACAUAAUGUUACACCAAUUGUUGGUGAUCGUUGGAAGAAGAGCGCAGUCGAUCAAUUCAUUGACAAGAUUGCCGAUACUCUUUUAGCUGCAACUGUAAUUACAGUUGAUCCUACGCACAAUUCCAUGAUGGUUAUUUUGACUGAUACAACCGAAGAUGAGGAUGUGAUAAUAAACAAUUGGUUAGUGAAACAGAGAUUAGCGCAAGUUGGUCAAAUGGUGCGUAUAAAUGAAAUAUAUUUUAUGACACCUGAUAAUAUCAAACCUUCUACGUCUAAAAGGAUUAUCCAUAAGGAAGACAUAAGAAUGAUAAAUAGUGAAAAUUAUCCGCGACAUAAAUAUCAAUCGAUAUCAUGUAAUGACAGAACGCCUAGAUUAUCCGAUGUAAAAAGCGAAGAUAUCGAACGCAACACUGUCAAGUCCUUGCAUAACGUCCCGACCAGCAAAAAAGCGCUUUUACAAAUGUUAUGUAGUAGAUCGCCGGAUGCUAAGUCCUUAGAUGCCAAAUCUUCCGACGCUAAGUCUUUAGACGCUAAGAUUUCAGAUGCCAAGUCUCCGGAUACGGAGGCUGCGGGUUCUAAAUCGCAAUUGAGAAACUAUCGAAAAGAGGGACUUAGGACGUCUAGAAAGUUGUUAUUAGAAAAAUUGCAAACACUGAAUCCUAGGGCGAAAAAUUUCAAUCUGAGCACUUCCACGUCCGAUACAAAUUCAGAUAACGAAGGUGCAAGAAUCAAUGCAAAUGGAAAGAUAAACUCGCAGAAUAACAGUGAAGACUGUGGCUGGCAUAUGAAUUUCGAUCCGAGAGAUUCCGAUAAUGAAAAUGAUACGAACGAUUUUGGGACAUUUAGGAGUUUGUAUGGUGGACGCGGUUUGAUGGAACCCGUUGAUUGGUCGGCGAUAAGAAAUGAGAAAAUUCUACCUCACAAAACAACCGCUUCAGAGCUUAAUGAAAAUUUGGACACGUCAAUUACAAGUUGUGAGAGCAAUGUAGAAGAUAAAUCAGAAUUGCACAAUGAGAGAGAAUUACCUGGGAAACAGUAUUUUUUAAACAUAACUUCCAAGCAAAAGGAAAUUUUUUUGCCCGAAAAUAAUAUCGAUCAUGACAUUGAAAAUACGUCUGAUUUUAUAGAAGCACUGAAAGAGAGUCGGCAGCAGCCCGACCACAUUGUCACAGUAAUGAUUGCGCCAAACAAUACACUCAAGGAAUUACAUAAUGGCACUCAGUUGGAAAAUGCAUCGAAUUCCAAUACAAAUCUCGUUAAGUCCAACGUCGCUUCUUCGAAGGAAAUCGAUCAGAAAGUGAACAGAAACGGCAAAAUGUGCGAAACAAGACCCGAACAGAAAAUAGAGAAUACAAAUUUUAAUACAGAUUCGAAGUCAGUUAUUCCUAAUAUAUCUAAUAGUAAAGAUAACAUAAAUAAAGAAGUGUCUGAAUGCAAUACAAAUAAUUGCCUCGAGUCCAAUGCAGAUAAGAAAGUGUACCGUUCUACAUUCAAGACGCUAUUGGACAAACUGAGCCGUAAGCGUGUUGAUUCGAUGAACUCUAGUUUCGUAAACGCAAACGAGUCUUCCAGCAGCGAUCACAUUCCAUCGUCGUCUUACAGUUCCAAUACAUCCGAUGAUACCAUUAUCUCGUCAAGCGACGAACCAUCGAAGACCUCUAAUUGUUCAGACACAAAUGGUCGCAUCGAGAUAAUUAAAAAGCUCAAGUCAACGUCCGAGGAAUCGCCUAAAAAUCGAACAUUAGACGAGUCACAUAGUAAUUUCGGAGGAACGACUAUUCCGUCCACAGAAAUAGAUUUUAUUGCUUCUCCUAACGUUGAUGACGCACGGCGUCGGUUGAAUCAGUCGAGUCAAUCCGAUUCUAAUUUUAUCGCUUCAUCUUGUAACGUGGAUGAUUCAAAUCAAUUGAAAACGACGAAUCAGACGGCAUUGGGCGCUCCGAAAUUUAUGCAACAGAUGUUAAAAAUGAUACAAAGUAUAGAUAAUAACUCUGAAUUUCUAGAUUCAGAUGAUUUGAGCUCUAAUGAUGAGAGUAUCAAUGAUGACAUUAGUGACGAAAGUAAGGGGGAUAUCGAAUCGGUUAAAUCGAGCACGUGCAAUUCGACGGAUGGCGACGUGAACGUGACUGAAAAUGCAUUUGCUUCUCCGGUUUUUAAUGACUGCGAUAUAGAAUCCGAUGAUGAGAGCAGCGAAUCGGAGCGAAUGCUUAUGCAGGAACUGAAUAAAAUGUUCCUCUUUACAUCGCGCAACAAACCGCCUAAACAAACAAUGCAAAUUACGGAUGUCUCGAAUGAUUUAGCUGAUGCCGUCGACAUGGCAAGCAUAAUGAAGUACGUUCAAAACAAUUUGAACCAAUUACCAACGUAUUGCUUUGCUGAGGAGAACCUGAUGCCCGACAACUGCUGCAAAGCAACAUCGGCAAAGCAACCAACAGAGGAGAAGCACGAGGUACCUGUAGUCUCACCCGGGCCGACGCAUCUACAUUAUGAUAAUCAUCAUCAGCAACAUUCAGUGAGACCGCCUCCAGGUUUUCCACCUCUCAGCGAACAUGUUUCGCCUAACUUAUCGGCAACAAACCUUUACGGUUGUUCCUUCGAAAAUAUUCCUGUGUUGAACGCUCAGGCGUCGGGCUUUAGCGACGCGGAGGCGACGACAAAUCCGUUCCUGGUUGACCAACAAUUCAGUCCUAAUGAUGUUGCCAAACAAAUGUACAUGACAGUUUGGAACGAGAACAAGAAAUUGCAAAUUCAACUGACUCGCAUCCUCGAGGAUCUGCUAGAACAUUCAUCGUUCUCAUUCAAUGAUCAGAUCCAGUUAAAUAAGAUUUUGAAGAUUGUUGAGCAGGCGUUAUUGGAACAAAAAGAGGAUCAUUCCGUGGUCACAAACACGUCUUCAACAACUGAUACUACGAGCGGAACGACGUCGAACGAUGUUGGUCCCGCGCAGGAGUAUAUUUUAAAGAGCGAAACUUUCCCGAAACAGGACAUUAAUGCAAAUACUUUCUCGACGACGAAUCCGUUUGGCACGAACAACGACGACAGGCCGCAGAAUAAUAUCGCGUUUCCCACUUAUAACUCAGACAGUUUUGCUACCGCUAAGUCCAACUGGAAUCAAUCUAACGAACUCAAUUCGUCCUCGACUUCCCGUAUGCAAAUGCCUCCUUCAACAAUUGCAAAUUCUGUGUCCUCAAUGUUCGUUAAUCCCGUACCAUCAACCAGUACCUUCCUUCCAAGUACUAAUCGGAACGGCGAAAACGUUCCUGAAACGCCAGUAUCUUCAACGGUCCCGACGACUAAUCUUUACAAUGAUUUCUCGCACUUCCUGGAGAGCAUAAACAACCAGUUUACCAAUAUGCUGAAAGACACAAAUCCCUUCAAGUUUUCAAUGACUGAUGGAAUGCAGGUACCGGAGACGCAGAAUGAGCAAACGUCUCACAAGUACGACAUGAGUGGCGCAUCGUAUCUCACGGUUACAAAUCCACAAAGCCAUAGUUCGAAAACGGAAACUCCGAAUAUUCAUUCGAAGAGCAAUUGUUUUACGCCUGCGGGACAUCUCGAUAGAAAUUACACUUCGAGAAUCGUCUAUGAAUCCGGUCCGGUAAUGUAUAAUACCCAAAAGAAGAAGGCAGACGUAGAUGCAAAGCAAAACACGCGCAAGAGCAAUUCCGAUAAUAUUCAGAACACUCAGUCUCUCGAAUUAGGACAAGAUAAGAAACCGGCAUCGCAGCCUGCGAAGGAUAUUGCUACUUCGUAUACGCAGCAUAUGAUAAAUCAUAUAAAGAGAGAUAAUUCGCAAGCUGAGAACUAUGUCACUCAACCACCGACAUAUUACACUCAGGGCUCACAGCCGGUAGUAAAUGGCGAAUCGGCAUAUUACCAGCAAAACGUGAACAAUUUCCAACCUGUGUCGUCGCAAGCUUGGAUUCAAAACGAGGUUUCAGAGCAUUGGAUCAACUCGAAGUUACAAAACAACGUUCCUAUGUCGAAUCACUCUGUGUAUAGCACACCGACUACUUUAUCUCAUCAAGACUGGAACUGUGAUACCGGCAGAAAAUCCAUUCCUCGAGAGAUGAAUGAAGCGACCGAAUCGAGCUUUAAUUUCACAUUUAAAGACAAUCGCGACAAAGAGGGGCCAAUGUAUAGCUGUACGAAUUCCUGGAAAAACAUCGAAACGGGACCUGCUCAACAGUGGAACGCGGCUAGCUCUUUUGUAUUUCGGAAAAUUGACACAGUUAAAGGCGUGACGCUUAUAUUUAACUUCGCACAUGAUGGUUGGAUAUUGACGUACGAGUUUGUAGAAGCCUUUACGAAUUUCAAAUUGCAAUCUCGUUUAUUAGCCGUACUCGAAGCAAUGAAUAUAAAGGUUGUCUUCAAAGAAAUCCAGAGAUCCGAGUAUCCAGCAGAAUUUUCACAAUUGGAUAGGUAUCCUCUAAAAGUUCCGCGUGAUUCUGAGAAACGAAUCAUCUCCAUUAAUUUGAUUUCGUUGCAAACUGCGUUGACAUUAUUGCGCAAACUAAAAAUAAUUUCAUUCGAAGAAAUAGAUAAUGCUUUUAAAAAGAACGAAUUUCUGGACAGUUCUAUUCUACCUACUUUAUGGAUAUUGUUCGUUACUUACCGCGACUUGAGACAACAUGUUGAAUUAAAUUCAAAUCAUAUAGUAUAAAUAUUUUAGUAUAUAUAGCUUUUAUAUAAUUUUACUGUAACAAACAAAACUCGUGAUUCAUUUUAAUUUCUUUGACUGAUAUUCAAUGUGAUUUAUGUUAUUACAAUGCAAAUGAUUACUAACAUUCUCUUAGGUAAGAAAUUACUAUAAUUAACAUGUGUAUAGUAUACAUGAACAGCAUACAUAUAAGUUUCAUUUUUAUUUCUUUUUUUACGUUUUGAUAUAAGGAGAAUAAGUGACAUUUAUGUUGUGAUGCGAUAUCACUCUGAAUUCUGUAUGAUUUUGUUUGUAUUAACUGACAUAUUGAUUUGGAAUUUAUGUAAUUGUGACAAGGUAUGAAAGGAGGCUAUGAAAUAUACUAACGAUGAACAAAAGUACUAUUAAGUAUAAAUAUUAUAUAAUUAGAACUGCUUUUUCUUGUAUCUUAUUU